AUGGACGACAAGACACGUUUGCCGCUCGAUAUACUCUACACGCUGGCGGAGAGCCUCGCUAUCAGCGGCGAACUGAGCUCUCUAAAGGCUGCCUCGCUGACUUGCAAAGACUUCCAUAGGAUUUGUGAAAGCCACAUCUUCGCAGAAGUAGACCUUACCCCAGAAGACCGGCCAGUUAUCGAACGGUUUAAGAAAUUACUCGACACAAAACCCGAAGUUGCGACUUUUGUCCAUGUCGUCAGAGUCUUCCUAGACCCACCGCAUUCACCCGAUCUUCCGAUUAUCCUAUCUUCAAUGAAAGCCAUACGCCGCCUUCACUUGGCGAUACGCAGCCCUUCGGUGGCUUGGACUGAAAUUCCACCACUUGUUCGAUCGUCAAUAGAGACCGCCAUACGGACCCCAACACUCACCCACCUCGAGAUUCGUACUCUCGACCAGUUCCCAAUCACACAAAUAAUCGCGCCUCCGCUGUCGCUCACUUCCCUUGUCCUUUACUCCGUUCCCCCACCACCUGGUUUAUAUAGUGACGACCUUUCGCCGACCCUGGCUCUGUCAUAUCGUGCCAUCCAACUACGCUCCUUGACCAUCCUACAUCUAUCAAUGGGUGCUUGUCUUGCUUUGAUAUCCCAAAAGCAGUCGGACGGUUCACCUGCAGUCGAUCUCAGACAAUUGGAGGUCUUGAAUAUUGAUAUGGAGGACAAAGAGGGACUUCUACGACUCCUUCUAGAGGAUUACGAGAGGCUGAAAUGCCUCUCUAUCUGUGUGAAUCGGAACGUGCCGAUGAGCGGUACACUCAAUGCGAUGAAGCGCCAUACGAAAGAGACAUUGCAAAGUCUAAGCCUGGAGCUCCACGAUGUUGUGGGAGAAGACUGCGAUCCUUUCCUAGGACUCUGUGAAGAACUGAAUUCAUUUCCGUCUUCGAGUGCAUUAAGGAGGAUCAAUGUCCAGUUAUUUGUCAUGGAUGACUGCGAUUGCAGUACCAGGCUCGAAGAUUGGAGUGCCUUCGAUGAAGUCCUUCAAGGAGGUAAAUUUUCGCUCUUGAACGACGUUUCUCUUUCCGUGAACAUUGUCCGUUACUGGAACACGGACACCAGCCUCGAGACGAAGCUGAAGGACCUCGCCAAGAGUGCUUUCAGCCGGUUAAAGCAUGCAGACGAGAUUCAGUUCCGGUACCUCGUCUUCGUCCACACAGAAUAG